ACAUUAAUAGGUUCCAGCAAUGGGGCUAUAGACACAGAAUGUCUGUUUGCCACUGCACUUAGCAAGCACAUGAGCUUAAAAAUAAACUUUGACAAUGUAGAUCUCUGUCCUUCCAGGAAUGGAAAGCAUUAUGUACUUCAAAGCACACUAAGCCUGAUUUGAAAAUAUAGUUGGGUUUUGUUACUGUGGCUAUUGGGAGGGUCCUCAGCCUGCACGGAGUACAUGGACGCUUCGUGUGUGAACAGUGCUCGAGCCGCAAACUGGUGAAAGCGAAUGCCCCUGGCAGCUUUGAUACGCUCAUUCUCAAGGAGGAAACUUCUGUCUGUGAAGUUCUCUGGAACAACUCAGAUAUGAUUCUUCACUAGAAUCAGGGAAUUUCUUCCUGAAUCAAACUGCAAAAACAGGAUUUGAGUAGCACAUUUCACUUGCAAACAGCAGCGUUUGUUCAUUUUGAGUGUUUUUGGACAGGAAAUCAAUCUACAGGGUAACAUUCACAGAAAAAAGGAAACAGUAUGGGACGAUGGCUUGUUAGUCCAAGUGACUCUGUUUUGGAAAUUACGGGCAAGAAACCUUGGAGGAAGAACGGCAUUAAAGACCAAAAGCACGAUGACUCCUGAUGAAAACAUCACCAAAUGAUGAACCCACGAGCAAAAAGGAAUUUCUACUUGGCGGCACCUGACUUGCUGGAUCCAAAAUCUGCCGCUCAGAACUCCAAACCGAGGCUCUCCUUUUCCACGAAACCCACAGUACUUGCUUCCCGCGUGGAGAGUGACACGGCCAUUAAUGUUAUGAAAUGGAAGACGGUCUCCACGAUUUUCCUGGUAGUUGUGCUCUACCUAAUCAUAGGAGCCACCGUGUUCAAGGCGCUGGAGCAGCCUCAGGAGAUUUCCCAGAGGACCACCAUCGUGAUCCAGAAGCAAACGUUCAUAUCCCAGCACUCCUGCGUGAAUUCCUCCGAGUUGGACGAACUCAUCCAGCAAAUAGUGGCAGCAAUAAAUGCAGGGAUUAUACCCUUAGGAAACACCUCCAAUCAAAUCAGUCACUGGGAUUUGGGAAGCUCCUUCUUCUUUGCUGGCACUGUUAUUACAACCAUAGGAUUUGGAAACAUCUCACCACGUACAGAAGGCGGAAAAAUAUUCUGUAUCAUCUAUGCCUUACUGGGAAUUCCUCUCUUUGGUUUUCUGUUGGCUGGAGUUGGAGAUCAACUAGGGACCAUCUUUGGAAAAGGAAUUGCCAAAGUGGAAGAUACAUUUAUUAAGUGGAAUGUUAGUCAGACCAAGAUCCGCAUCAUCUCCACCAUCAUCUUCAUCCUGUUCGGCUGUGUCCUCUUCGUGGCUCUGCCUGCGAUCAUAUUCAAGCACAUAGAAGGCUGGAGUGCCCUGGAUGCCAUUUACUUUGUAGUCAUCACCCUGACAACCAUUGGGUUUGGCGACUACGUAGCAGGUGGGUCUGAUAUUGAGUAUCUGGACUUCUACAAGCCUGUCGUGUGGUUCUGGAUCCUCGUAGGGCUGGCGUACUUUGCUGCUGUGCUGAGCAUGAUUGGUGACUGGCUCCGUGUGAUAUCUAAAAAGACCAAGGAAGAGGUGGGAGAGUUCAGGGCCCACGCUGCUGAGUGGACAGCCAAUGUCACGGCUGAGUUCAAAGAAACACGGAGGCGGCUGAGUGUGGAGAUCUAUGACAAGUUCCAGCGCGCCACUUCCAUUAAGAGGAAGCUGUCUGCAGAGCUGGCAGGGAACCACAACCAGGAGCUGACCCCAUGCAGGAGGACCCUGUCGGUGAACCACCUGACCAGCGAGAGGGAAGUCCUGCCUCCCUUACUGAAGACUGAGAGCAUCUAUCUGAACGGCUUGACGCCACACUGUGCGGGCGAAGAGAUCGCGGUGAUUGAGAACAUUAAGUAGCCCUCUAUUCGGAAGAGCCUUAGCCCUAGCCCUAGGUGAGGACUUCUCUCUGCGCUUUAUGACUGUUGCUGGUAGCAGUUUAAACAUUGUGCAUGAGCUCCAAAGGGAAGCCAAUAGGUCCACCCAUCACGGUCAUCUGCCAUCAAGAGAAUGAGAAUCCUGAGCCAGCACUCUCUGAGGUUGCUUAUGGGACACUCCACUUUGACCAGCGGAAGGACAAGCGAUGUCUGAUGCCUUGCUGUGCCCAGACUGUUUUCCUCCCCUUUUUCCUAACGUGCCAUAAGGCCUCGGAGUGAAUGAGAACUGUUUUUGGUAAUGAUGUAGCUUGGAAGGAUCAGUCCCCAAUUUUUCAGGGUCCACCUAACUGAGCCUAGAUACGGACCAUUUGUGGAUGACAACAUUUCUUUUUGUAAAUGGCAAGAAGUUCUUAUGCAGCCUUUUACCUAAGAAAUUUUCUGUCAGUGCCUUAUCUUACGAAGAAACAGAACCUCUGUAGCUAAUGUGUGGUUUCCCUCACCCCGCCCGGCUCACCUCCUCCACUCCUUUCCCCCACGCUCCCGGUCCAGGUUGAAUACCGUCCCUUGCUGGACAUAGUGUGUCAAAGGACUGAACUGGUGGUCCUCGAACAGGGGGUAGAUGCCAAAUUAGAAGGACAAAGAAGCAGCACUCAGAAACGCUAGUGAUAAAGGCACUGCAGAGAAAGAGGUGCAAAGGUGGCCCCUCUGAGUAUUUAUUUGACUCAGGUACCAGCGGUACAUGUGUAUGGUGUAAUUAUUACCAAGCCGGUAACCUUGGCUGUUCACAAACUGUCCCUUUUAUCCUGGCAGUAUUUGGAACCUAUCAUUUAUUAAUAAUUAUACAUUUUUAAAAGUAGAAGAAAGUAUAUAUAUAUAUACAUAUACAUAUAUAUAUGUAUAUGAUCUGAUGGAAGAAAACUGUUAAAAAUGGACAUUAUAGAGGAGAUCUAAAAUAGUUGCUAUGAAUUCAUUCUCAUGAAAAGAAAAUAGCAAAACUAUAUGUUACAAGGAUUUGCUAAUAAACAUUGUACUGCCAGCUUCUUUUACUUUUUGAUGUCUGAAAGGCUAUGAUUUUUUUUUCCUGAGUGACUUUUGCCAAAUGAAGGGGAGGCCCUCUGAGGGGUGGAGGGACAGUUCCAGCCUUCAGGGGUCACUUUGAGUCAUGACUAGUGACAGCACAAGCUGAAGCUGGGAUCACUGUGAUUUGCACAUGGAGAAGUACAGACUGCGGGAAGAAUUCAUUUCUGGCAUUAGGGGAAAUGCUGUUAUAGCACAAUUUAAAUAUUGAAAGUCUUUUUUUUAAGAUAGAAAAGGCUAACAAUCCUUUUUAGCUUAAUGUUAUACCUUGUAAUUUUUUAGGUGUCCCCAAUAUUCAGAAAAAAUUCAGUAAAUGCACCCAGUAUAAUGCUACCUUUUCCUUUUAUUUCAUACUUAGGUCUGCUGUACAUUGAUAAUUUUUAAAAUGCAGAAGGAAAAUGAUUUCCCUAACUAUAAUUGCAAAACAGAGUUCUUUUACCUUUUCUUGAGAGCUGGGGAAGGAAUAGUUGAAGAAGCGGCAUUCAGAAGAGGGUAUUAAAAAAAAAAA